AGCUCCCAGAAUCAAUAUGGAUAUGUCUGAAGGUUUCCCCCAAUUUGAUGUUUCCCCAGUGCUGGUGCUACUUUCCCGUUAUUACAGUAGAUGUGAUAUAUGAAACCCAAUUCGGAUUUUUUCGCAUUGAAAAUGCUGGAAAAAAGCCUGCUCGGUAUUUGUGAACUAAUGUUGUACUUGUAGUCACACAUCAUAAUCAUUCAUUAUAGUAAUAUUAUUCCUUAGAAGAGGUUUUUACUUACUUAAAUUAUGUUUGAUUCGACAACAGUUCAAGUUCUAGUUCCAGAGCAAGUGUUUACGUCACAUGAGCGUCAGGCGAGGGCAGCUGUACCGCCAGGACGGUGCUGGCCUUUUCGCGAGACGUCAAUCAAUCUAAGUGAUGCCACACGACUCUAACUCAAUUUUUCUGCCUUUUUAGAAUGAAAUAGAAAACUCAAUUUGUCAUAAAGAGCAAGCAUGCGCUAACUUCUAUCUUGGAAACAAAUAUGUCCACCACAUUCGUCUCGCUCUCGCCGUUGAAUGACUAAAACAAAGGAGACCGCGCCUCUUCUGAUGCGGAAGAAGUACUACAACGGAAAAACGAAAUAUACCAGCACACUUCGAUAGAGAGAUCGCAAGGGCGAACAAGCCUAGCCAACAUGCCCACAGUUCUCUCUUCCACUCUAGCGUUGAUCGCUACGGCGGUUGGAUCCGGCAUCCUCGCUCUGCCAUCCACAAUGAGCUGUGUCGGCAUAGUGUACGGCACUCUUCUUUGCAUAGCCGUAGCGUUGUUUUCGCAUUGGAGUCUCUCAAUUCUGUGUGAGGCUGCGGAUGUGGCAGAAGAGGAAGGGGCAAGAAUAGCGGUUGAAGACCAGUUCGUUCAAACUGGAGGAGGAAGUUUUGAUGCUUGGAGCAACGGACUUGACAAGCCACUUCUACGGUCAUCUCUGAGCCAUAAAAAUUCUCGUCAACAUACUACCACCCGUUUAUCGAGAGACACCAUCUUCUCCGCUAGAGCAGCGUCAGCUUCCUCUCCUAGGACAACUACUACAAAUACCACGACUAGUGGGAAUAAAAAAAUCAGCAGUAUAGAGGAGCUAUGUGACUUUCAUCUGUCGCCUAUCUGGAAAGCCAUGACGCGAUUGUCACUUCUUGGAUUGCUGGUGUGCGCGGCGAGUGCCAAUCUGAUCAUUUUCGCGUCGAAUAUCUGCAAGAUGUUCCGGUUGGACCCGGAGGAGUGGUUAUGAUGUCGUGUUGAAGAUGCAAAGUAUACUAUAAUUAGGACUAGCUUCACGUCCACGUCCACGACCCCCCUUAUCAAUUCCCACGUUCAUCUCACCAAGGUCCCUUGAUGGCUGCUUCUUUGGUCAGUUUACUUCCCGCAACGUGCCAAACAGAGCUUGGCGGCCUAAGUGGCGUGACAAUACUGGCAAACGCUGGGACAGCGUGCAUUUUCGUUUUUCUUCUACUCCGACUAGUCUCAGCACCAGCCGCGAAGGACGUUUCUCUACUGCAUCCACCUUCUUCUACUGGACAAGCUCCUCCUGAAUCCUCAGAAUCAUCAACGUUCCUCUUGCUAGAUAUGUCAUUCUUCGCCGCACUACCUCCAGUCCUCAGUGCUUUCUCCUGUCAUUUCAACAUUUUGCACAUUCGUGGUGAAUUGCGCAAUGUGGAUGGUGCGAUAAAGGACGCAGAGCCUACUAGUACACCGAUAGUAGAAGCACAGGAGGAAGCUGCGGGUAACAUGAAAUCCAGUACAUCAUCAACGGCUAUUAACAAGAUCUCUCAAUAUAAUAUGAAGAAAUUCAGUUCAUCUCCCCCUUAUACAUCAACAACUAUGAAGACGGCUGUUGUACCAGUAGAAGUGAUAGAACAUCAUGGACGUUCUUCACCUGAGAUUGAGGAACACCUCGACUUUGUCAAUGUGGAAAUUGCUAGCAUGGCCGGAUCCUUAGCCUCAUCAGCAAACGACGCAGAAGUAGAUACGUCCGCUUCCACGACAUCUUCUGCGAAUUCGACUCUGACGAAGUUCCCGAAAGGGGUCUCAGAAAAAGAACAGAUUAUACAGAAGCAGGGAGCUUCAGAACAACUUCACCUGCUGAGUCAGCAGAUGCACUCAGUGAUCCUUCUCUCCAUAGCAGCUUUGAGUUGUCUUUACGUCGUUUUUGGCAUUGUCGGGUAUGCGAUUUGCGGGACUGCGGGAACGACUAGUGACAUCCUUCUUGCGAACGCACUUACUACAACUGCUAGUACGUCAUCUUCUUCAUCUUCUGCUACCAGUAGUACUUCUUGGCUCGCAAGCAUCGUCCCGAUCGGCUUAGAAGUCUCGAUUCUGUGUGUGGCGGUUAGCAGCUUGUUGCGGUAUCCGUUGUUGAUUCUGCCUUUGCGAAGCGUACUGCUGAGCAUAGUGGAGGAGUACUUGGGACUGACGAUUUUGAAAAAGGUGAGCGAGCUUGUUGUAGAUGAGAUUAUGGUCAACAUUUGGUGUCCAUCAUUCUCCUUCUCGACAUCUUGGUCCCCGCCUUUUCUCUUGUAUUAUUUCUAUGAAAUGAUACAAGGGCGGUAGUAAAGGGGUCAAGAUGAGGGGGCCGAGAUGCAAUCUAGCAGACUCUAAUGAGAAGGAGCAGCUGGAGGAGAAGAUGACAACAUCCACUUCGGAAGACAACAAGAACAAAAGAGACAAAGUACUUCUAGACCAAAACGAGGAUCGUCUCUUCUUACAAGUGACAACUUUUGUGAUCAACCUUGGAUGCGGCUUAGCAGCUUUCGAAAUGGGAGACUUUAGUGUGCCACUGACGAUUCUCUCUUUUACUGCCGUGCCCUUCGUCUGCUUUUUCCUACCAGGCGUGUUGGCGAUGCGGAUGGCACGAAGGCGAAAAGGAGAACGAGACGAGGGUUCUCACAACUCAUCUGCUAGAAAUGAUAGUCUCGUCGGAGUCGCUACUGCGGGGGAAUACUCAUUGCUGUGGCCAGAGGGUGAAGCGAUUCCUGUUCUUGAACGAGCUUCUGAUCUGUCGGAAACAGUCACGAACAAGACAGCGCCCAAUGGAGAUUGGCUGUGGUAUCAGGGAGUGGCCCUAGUGGUUUUCAGCGGCUUUGCUGCAGGUGGUACGUUUUUGGCAACGGGUAGUGGACUGAUGUAGUGAAUGAUCCUAGACAUAAGCUAGAUCAAUCAAGUAGACGACGAGCUCUUUGGAUCGGUCCAGUUUCAACUCCAUUUUUCAACUUUCAAGUAGACGACGCGCAUUGAUUAUGAGUAUCUGAAGAAAAGCCAAAACAUCACAUACUCAAAAGGGAAGAGAAGGAGAGAUAGAACUCUUCCAACAACAUAAUUGACCUCUUGCCAGGCACAUCAAUCAAUCAGUCAACUGUGGCUUUCUCCUCACUUUUACGUCAUCAGAAUGUACUUAGGCCGUAGGAAAAAUGCAUUUUUAUAUAUAACGUCCAUCUCUUAGAUGGAUUGUUUCGAUAGGUUAUUCAUAUGACGCCACACAUAUUUUUUCAUAGAUCGUAGUUAUCCAUGUUUCUCACGCUGUUGCUAGUAGGAAACGCAUCAAAAUCCCAAUAUGUUUUUGGAUCUGGGUGUAUAAUCCAGUAUACUAUAAGAUUGUCAUUAUAUUUCAUGUGAGUGGUUGUGGUCGAAAGAAGUUGUCACUUCGUAACUACACCUUCGUGCAUAGGAUUGUACCUGAGGGGUAUCGUAAAUGUACCUACAGUCAUGAAAAAAAAUUAUGAAUCUUCAAGCCCAAGUCAGUGUAACAAAGAGGGGAGGGGCAACGGCAAGACGUAGUGGGCCGCAACGUUUAAAACAAGGGACACGCAUGUACUUCUGUGACCGCACCAAAUGUAUCUUUGUAAGAAAUUCUUUUAUCGAGAAGUCGCCAAGUGUAGUUGU